AUGCAGUUCAGUCUUCGAGAUGUUUUCAUGGUCCUUGCAUUGCUUCAAAUUGGCUGCUCCCUUCGCAUCGCUUCAAACCUAAAUUGGAUCGAGCACACUCCCCAACCCUACGCCAUCAAACACUUUUACAACGGCAGCACAAAUGCGACUCUUGUAGCCGGAGCUGUUGCCGAUCUCGCUGCCAAUCCCAAGACUUUCGAUCUUGCCGCCAACGCCGAAACCCAGGGCCUCAAGUCAUACGCGAAUCACCGCAACCUCCGCCUCAUUUACAUCAUCUGCGAAGUGUCAUAUCGCAUCGUCGCCGACAAGCGCAAAGGCAUCACCAACCUCUCCGACCUCAAGGGCAAGAAAAUCGGAACCAUUCGCGGCACAAGUGCGGUUGUCUUUAUACACAACAUGCUCACCAGCGUCGGCAUCAAAGACAAUGAUUACACCACGUCUAAUGGUCAGGUAUGCAUGAGAGUGCCAUGUACUAGCGACACUUUCCCUGCGCAGCUCAAAGCCGGUACUAUAGACGCCUUUGGUGUCUGGGAACCCGCUGUUGAACUCGGUGCUGAAGCAUUGGGGUCAGAUGCUGUCAUCUUUCAGAACGCGUCAAUCUAUCGCGAGAUUUACUCGCUUUAUUCGACGACGGAUGCGCUGAAUGAUCCCACGAAGAGGAAAGAUAUCGUCGAGUUUGUUCGCGCGUUGAACAAGACCCUGAAUGUCUUCACGCAUACGCCGAAGGAAAGUGGUGUGUAUGGGUUUGUUAGUAAGGCGGUCAAAGUCGACGAGCCGGUCCUGGAAAAGGUUUGGGGAGAUCAUAAGUGGAGUGGGACGUGGGGUGGUGAGUUGAUUGAGUAUCUUGUUGAGGAAGACAAGUACCUGGCUGUGCAGGAUAAGAGGGCAGUUAUUCCGAGGAAUGAUCUGGAGAAGUUCUUAGAUACCUCGGUCAUCGAGGAGUUGUGA